GCUGUGUUGACAUUCAAACUAUCUACCCUCUACAAAGUCGAACGCCAUUGUGUCUUUUGGAUUCUCCGGUAAAUGUUCAUAGCUCAGCCAAUCCCUUAAUAGUGUAGCCUGAAAACUGCCAAUCCUCUUACCCAUGGAUACCCGUUCAUGACCACUCUCGCCUCUCGUGCCUAUACCGGGAAUUAUACAUUGGCAUCACGGUGAAAGCGACUUUAGAAACUGUUCCUUGCUCGUAAGAUAAUCCACCUGCUUAGUAAUCGUACAAACGGCGAGCUUCUAAAGCUCCACCCUCACUGAUCUACAUCACAACACAAGCGGUACGUCCAAACACCACCUCGCCUCCUGCUACAUGCUGACUCUCUCAGCAACAUGGCUGGAUCUAGUUCUGGCAAACUUGCGCCCAAAGGCCAAUCUGGCCGAAACAGUCAGUCUCCCAUCGACUCACGCGAGCGACAACUAACCUUCGUAGAACCUAAACAGCCCACUGGGCAAGAAUCUCUGCAUGAUCAACUCAUGCGAGAACUAGACGACCGCGAUGCGUUGCUCGCCAGAGAAGCAGCAAAUGCCUCACAAGGCUUGCAGUUCGCUAGGCUGCCUCUAUGGGGCGUCAACAGCGUCAGAUCUGCCGCGAAAUUCGGAGAUGUGUGGGAGAGGUACCAAAGUCAGCGAGACCAGGCUGACGAGUUGCUUGUACCGUCGAAGCCCUCUCCCGAGUCCACGUUGGACCAACUCAAUAGAUUGAUAGAUGAGACAAUUGGGACUAGCUCUACGCAGCCAGAGGUCGAUACCCAAACCGCGCAAUCGAAUGCGCCACCUGGGCCGACACCACCUGCAUCCAAUAGCAUAUUUGACAUGGAUGAAAUGCUAGGUUUCAAUCGCUUGAACCUAGACAGGCCAGCGAUCCCUCAUAGCACACCUACGCGCGGUGACAGAGGCGGCAGAGGUGCUCCAGACACGCGCAGCGACCGAGGCGGCAUAGACAAUGGUCGAGGAGGUGGUGGUGGUGGUGGUGGUUUUACGCACCCAUCGCAGUCACCCACGUAUCCCAAGAUCUGGUCCAGAUGGAUGAACUGCAGCGAGGCGAAGUCCCUCAUUUCCAACAUUGACCAGGCUGACGGUAUGCAGACAGGUCUGCGCGUCUACAAGCUCGAACCCAAUGAGUAUGGUGGUGACGUGUUCCACGAUUUGGGCCUGUGCAAAGCGCACCACACCAAAGGUAAGACGUGCCCGCUCUCGUGGGAGAGUUGUCCAUAUCGACAUUGGGCGAUUGAUCAGAUUGAGGAACAGUGGGUCAAGCCAUCAUGGCUCGCGCAGAUGAGGCAGAUGGGUCGGAGACCCUUCGUGGCGCCUGACAACGCUCACACGCGAUACCAAGGCCUAUCGCGGCAAUUUGCGAGCGGAGUGUGGUUUCAGAGCUCGUGCGAGAAGUUCCCAGAAGUUCCAGUGGCGCCGCAGCUCGCUACGUGGUCGACGGUGGGGAGCUCUGGCAUGAAGGAGGGAGAGGAAAUUGGCCCCGCAACGGAUCGGGAGGAGCUUCGAGGGUUUCCGUGGGAGGACCCUUGGGACAAGCCUUGGGAGUAUCCUGGUGAGAAGUUUGGUUAG